AUGGUUCAAACAAUUCAAGAAGCCCUAGCCCGUGGCCAGGGAGAAGAUGCCGGAAUUUCAGACGGCCACCGAAUCGAGUACGUGGACACCGUCGAGGCCUACAACAAAUGGGCAGAGGUCUAUGAUACGGACGGCAAUUUCCUGCAAGCACUCGACACAAUCGAGAUGAAUGAUCUGCUCCCGCGCUUCCUACGGCUUGUCCAGGCUCAGACAAAUACAAAACCUAGCACGACUUCUGAUGAGCAGGUGCUUCGACUGGUAGAUCUAGGCUGCGGCACCGGCCGAAAUACUUUACAGCUGACCAAGUCCGCGCCGAAUGAAGCCCAAAUAAUUGGGUUGGAUGCGUCGCCGGGAAUGCUGGAGGUUGCGAAGGAGACUCUUCAAGCCAAAGGGGGGAUGGACCCUGUGAAUGGGCGUACGGUUGUGUUGGGCGUGUAUGAUCUACUUUCGCCGCAACCUGAAUCCCUGCCUAGCCCUUUACGUGGCGGAGCCGGCGCAUUGGGUGUGAUUUCGACGCUGGUGCUGGAGCACAUCCCGCUGGGUAAAUUCUUUGAGGGCGCGGCGCAGUUGGUCAGUCCUGGCGGGUAUCUUCUUGUGACGAAUAUGCACGAGGAAAUGGGGAGUAUUAGUCAGGCUGGGUUUGUGGAUGUCGCGAGUGGAAAGAAAAUCCGGCCGACGAGCUAUGCGCACGCGACUGGAGACGUUGUCACUGCAGCAGAAAGGGCUGGGUUUGAAGUUGUGGAGUUGGAAGAUGGGGAGAGGUUUAGGGAGAGGAGGGUAGAUGCGGAGAUGGUGGAGCGAUUGGGAGGGAGGGCUAAGAAGUGGGUGGGUGUUAUGGUGUGGUUUGGGAUUUGUUUCAGGAUGAGAUUGGGCUAG